GACCGCCUGGCUUAGAGACACAAGCACCGCUUCUUCCUCCGUAACGCGCCGAGCCUUCCGCAGCUGCCGCUUCAGAGCGAACGAGGAAGGGAACCAGCCCACUUUCUCAGCGCCACGGCUCUUCCCUAAAGUGGAAUCUCAACCAGCAGAGGGAUUUUUAACAGGCUACCUAAGUAUUUGGAUUACUUCCUUAGGAUAGAUUGCCAGAAGUGGAGUUACUGGGUCAGAGGAAUGUGAAAUCCUUUGCAUCUUCUGAUAGUCUAGCCAAGGUCCAAGAAGUAGCAAGCUGGCUUUUGGAAAUGAAUCAGGAACUGCUCUCUGUGGGCAGCAAAAGACGACGAACUGGAGGUUCUCUGAGAGGUAACCCUUCCUCAAGCCAGGCAGAUGAGGAGCAGAUGAACCGCGUGGUAGAGGAGGAACAGCACCAGCAGCAGCAGCAGCAGCUCCGACAACAAGAGGAGGAGCACACCGCAAGGAAUGGUGAAGUCAUCCGAGCAGAACCUAGGCUUGGAGACCAGAACGACUCCCAGCAAGGACGGUUGGAAGAAAACAACAAUCGAUUCAUUUCGGUAGAUGAGGACUCCUCAGGAAAUCAGGAAGAACAAGAAGAAGACGGAGAACAUGCUGGUGAGCAAGAUGAGGAGGAUGAAGAGGAAGAGGAAAUGGACCAGGAGAGUGAUGAUUUUGAUCAGUCUGAUGACAGUAGCAGGGAAGAUGAACAUACACAUAGUAACAGUGUCACAAACUCCACUAGUAUCGUGGACCUGCCUAUUCACCAACUCUCCUCCCCGUUCUAUACAAAGACAACAAAAAUGAAAAGAAAAUUGGACCAUGGUUCUGAGGUCCGCUCUUUUUCUUUGGGAAAGAAACCAUGCAAAGUCUCAGAAUAUACAAGUACCACUGGACUUGUACCAUGUUCAGCAACACCAACAACUUUUGGAGACCUGCGAGCAGCCAAUGGCCAAGGGCAACAACGACGUCGAAUUACAUCUGUCCAACCACCUACAGGCCUUCAGGAAUGGCUGAAAAUGUUUCAGAGCUGGAGUGGACCAGAGAAAUUGCUUGCUUUAGAUGAACUUAUUGAUAGUUGUGAACCAACACAAGUAAAACAUAUGAUGCAAGUGAUAGAACCCCAGUUUCAACGAGACUUCAUUUCCUUGCUCCCUAAAGAGCUGGCACUUUAUGUGCUUUCAUUCCUGGAACCCAAAGACCUGCUACAAGCGGCUCAGACUUGUCGCUACUGGAGAAUUUUGGCUGAAGACAACCUUCUCUGGAGAGAGAAAUGCAAAGAAGAGGGUAUUGAUGAACCGUUGCACAUCAAGAGAAGAAAAGUAAUAAAACCAGGUUUCAUACAUAGUCCAUGGAAAAGUGCAUAUAUCAGACAGCACAGAAUUGAUACUAACUGGAGGCGAGGAGAACUCAAAUCUCCUAAGGUUCUGAAAGGACAUGAUGAUCAUGUGAUCACAUGCUUGCAGUUCUGUGGUAACCGAAUAGUUAGUGGUUCUGAUGACAACACUUUAAAAGUUUGGUCAGCGGUCACAGGCAAAUGUCUGAGAACAUUAGUGGGACACACAGGUGGAGUAUGGUCAUCACAGAUGAGAGACAAUAUCAUCAUUAGUGGAUCUACAGAUCGGACUCUAAAAGUGUGGAAUGCAGAGACCGGAGAAUGUAUACACACCUUGUAUGGGCAUACUUCCACUGUCCGUUGUAUGCAUCUCCAUGAAAAAAGAGUUGUUAGCGGUUCUCGAGAUGCCACUCUUAGGGUUUGGGAUAUUGAGACAGGCCAGUGUUUACAUGUUUUGAUGGGUCAUGUAGCAGCAGUCCGCUGUGUUCAAUAUGAUGGCAGGAGGGUUGUUAGUGGAGCAUAUGAUUUUAUGGUGAAGGUGUGGGAUCCAGAGACUGAGACCUGUCUACACACGUUGCAGGGGCAUACUAAUAGAGUCUAUUCAUUACAGUUUGAUGGUAUCCAUGUGGUGAGUGGAUCUCUUGAUACAUCAAUUCGAGUUUGGGAUGUGGAGACGGGGAAUUGCAUUCACACGUUAACGGGACACCAAUCGUUAACAAGUGGAAUGGAACUCAAAGACAAUAUUCUUGUCUCUGGGAAUGCAGAUUCGACAGUUAAAAUCUGGGAUAUCAAAACAGGACAAUGUUUACAAACAUUGCAAGGUCCUAACAAGCAUCAGAGUGCUGUAACCUGUUUACAGUUCAACAAGAACUUUGUAAUUACCAGCUCAGAUGAUGGAACUGUAAAACUAUGGGACUUGAAAACGGGUGAAUUUAUUCGAAACCUAGUCACAUUGGAGAGUGGGGGGAGUGGGGGAGUUGUGUGGCGGAUCAGAGCCUCAAACACAAAGCUGGUGUGUGCAGUUGGGAGUCGGAAUGGGACUGAGGAAACCAAGCUGCUGGUGCUGGACUUUGAUGUGGACAUGAAGUGAAGAGCAGAAAAGACGAAUUUGUCCAAAUGUGUAGACGAUAUACUCCCUACCCUUCUCCGUGGAAAAAAAAAAAAAAAAAAAAAGAAAAAAAAAAAGAAAAAAAAAAGAAAAACAGAAAAAAAAAAAACAGAAAAAAAGAGAAAAAAAAGAAAGAAAAAAGAAAAGAAAAAGAAAAAAUAUCCCUUGUUCUCAGUGGUGCAGGAUGUUGGCUUGGGGCAACAGAGCGAAAAGAUCUACAGACUAAGAAGGAAAAGAGGAAGACAUGACAAACCGUAACUGACAAGAGAGGCGUCCGCUGUCUCAUCACAUAAAAGGCUUCACUUUUGACUGAGGGCAGCUUUGCAAAAUGAGACUUUCUAAAUCAAACCAGGUGCAAUUAUUUCUUUAUUUUCUUCUCCAGUGGUCAUUGGGCAGCGUUAAGGCUGAAGCUUCGUUACAGAUUCUGCUAGCCUGUCCUUUUACCACUGAGACCUAGAAAGGAGCUGCAAUAACAUCCAAACAAGGACUGGCUGACUUUCUAAUUAGAGAGCAUCUGCAACAAAAAGUCAUUUUUCUGGAGUGGAAAAGCUAAAAAAAAAAAAAAUUACUGUGAAUUGUUUUUGUACAGUUAUCAUGAAAAGCUUUUUUUUUUUUUUUUUUUUUUUUUUUGCCAACCAUUGCCAAUGUCAAUCAAUCACAGUAUUAGCCUCUGUUAAUCUAUUUACUGUCGCUUCCACAUACACUCUUCAAUGCAUAUGUUGCUCAAAGGUGGCAAGUUGUCCUGGGUUCUGUGAGUCCUGAGAUGGAUUUAAUUCUUGAUGCUGGUGCUAGAAGUAGGUCUUCAAAUAUGGGAUUGUUGUCCCACCCCUGUACUGUACUCCCAGUGGCCAAACUUAUUUAUGCUGCUAAAUGAAAGAAAGAAAAAAGCAAAUUAUUUUUUUUUAUUUUUUUUCUGCUGUGACGUUUUAGUCCCAGACUGAAUUCCAAAUUUGCUCUAGUUUGGUUACAGAAAAAAGACUUUUUGCCACUGAAACUUGAACCAUCUGUGCCUCUAAGAGGCUGAGAAUGGGAGAGUUUCAGAUAAUAAAGAGUGAAGUUUGCCUGCAAGUAAAGAAUUGAGAGUGUGUGCAAAGCUUAUUUUCUUUUAUCUGGGCAAAAAUUAAAACACAUUCCUUGGAACAGAGCUAUUGCCGCCUGUUCUGUGGAGAAACUUUUCUUUUUUGAGGGCUGUGGUGAAUGGAUGAACGUACAUAAGAAAACUGACAAAAUAUUUUAAGAAUAUAUAAAACAAAAUAAAGUUGCUGGUCAGUCUUAGUGUUUUACAGUAUUUGGGAAAACAACUGUUACAGUUUUAUUGCUCUGAGAAACUGACAAAGCAGAAACUAUUCAGUUUUUGUAGUAAAGGCGUCACACGCAAACAAACGAAAUGAAUGAAAAAGUCAAAUGGUUUGCCUCAUUCUCCAAGAGCCACAACUCAAGCUGAACUGUGAAAGUGGUUUAACACUGUAUCCUAGGUGAUCUUUUUUUCCUCCUCCUGUUUAUUUUUUUUUUUGUUUUAUUUAUAGUCUGAUUUAAAACAAUCAGAUUCAACUUGGUUAAUUUUAGUUAUGUAACAACCUGACAUGAUGGAGGAAAACAACCUUUAAAGGGAUUGUGUCUAUGGUUUGAUUCACUUAGAAAUUUUAUUUUCUUAUAACUUAAGUGCAAUAAAAUGUGUUUUUUCAUGUUA